GUAGUAAUGUAGUGCCUGUCAACAUAUAAACAAACAACUUAUUCUCACAAUUUAACGUGUUUGAAAAUCGAUUUCAAUCAUUACUUAUUGAUAAUAUAAAGCGUUCCAAUCCCUCUGCAAUGCAGAACUGUUACAGAAGUCAGUCAAAGAAUACCGAAGGUAUGCAAAAGGAUCAGGAUGAUCGGCUUACAAAAAAGCACAUUCAAACUCUGUCAUUCGUUCAAGAAGUUGUCAACGAGAACAAAGCGUUGAAAGAUAAGAUUAAAGAACUAGAAGAUGAAUUAGCAAAGUGCAGCCGUCUCCACGAGGUGGCGAACGAGGCGCAAGAUAGAAUACAGAAAAUUCAAGCGGAUUCUUUAAAACGUAUUGAUCAAAUUACGGCAGACUUAACGGAGAAACAUGCCAAUGAGAUCUUAAGAAAAGUUCAGGAAAAACUCAAUGCAGAAAAAGAAUGGUGUGAGAAAGAGGAGAAAUUCACUUCAACUGUUGAGAGUUUAAGAGUGGAGAAUACGAAGUUAAAAGGUUUAUUGGAAACGUUAAGAGACGGAUUUGAAGAUUUAGAGGGAACAAAGAAUAAACUGGGUAAUGUACUUGAUGAGCUUUGUGUAGUUAAGGAAGAAAAUGAUAACCUAAAAGAGGAAUGUGCGAAUCAACGAGCCGAAUUGAGUAGGCUUGCUAAAGUGGAAAUAGCCAACAAGAACUUAGCGGACGAAGUUAGAGCAGUUAACGCUAAACGCAAAGAAUUGGAGUUUGAAUUAAGCAGAACACGUAAUGAGCUAAGUGGAAUGUGUAAUGAGGACGUUUUCGCGAGUUUAAAAGCAAAAAUUACUAAGCUAUUACGAGAAAAGGACGAAGCGAAUGAACGGGAAGCGAAUCAGGAGAUAACGAUUAAUGAUUUGAAAUCAGAAUUGGCUCUGACUAGGCGAGCUUAUAGCGAUUCGGAAAGGCAAAGAACGGAACUAGAGGAAGAAAUAAAGAAAAUGCGACUAAAUAUGGAACAGCAUCGAAAGUCAAUUCCUAUUUCCGGUACAGAAUCGUUUAAAGAUUACGUUCUGCUUAAAAGAGACUUUUCUGCAUUGAAAAAGCUAAACGAAGAAUUAACAUUAAAGUUGAAUUUGAAACAAACUGCUUUACCUAAACUUAAGCCGGAAAGUAUGGCUAAAGGCAAUCACAAAGGUAAACGUUAA